GCCGUGGUUCGAACGGUGUGGUAGUUCGUAUCGUUCUGUAGGUCGUUUUAUACAGUUAUUUAUUUUUUAUUUUAUUUAUUUUUUUAGCCGCUCCAUGUAGUGGUUAAGUGUAUUUAUCAAAGAGUGGGGGAAUUGGGUAUUUUAUCUGAUUGUUAGAUGAGAACGUUUUGUCAGUUAACGUUAGUGCUGUGUACGAACCGGCUUUAUACUUGUAGUAGAAAUAUAUCUUAUUAUAAGAGACUUUACUGCACAUUAUCUUUGGAUUUUACUUAAUUUACAGUUUUUUUGAAUAAUUAGCAUUUAUUUAUUUGGAACGUUACUAUAUUUUGAUGAAAAUGAGAAGCUAUUAUGAUGUUCCUAAUAGGAAUUAUUCCUACAUAUUUAACUUUGAAGAAGAAUUUGAACAUCAGGAUACAAGAGUAUGGAUGACGAAGAAUUGGACUAUUAGCUUCUAUAUUUGUGGAUUAUAUAUGAUUUUAAUUUUUGGUGGCCAGCAUUAUAUGCAAAGUCGACCUCGAUUUAACUUGAAAGGAGUUUUGUGUGUUUGGAAUUCUUUACUUGCUGCAUUUAGUUUGAUGGGUGCAUUUAGGACUGCUCCAGAACUUUUUCAUGUUUUGAAGACUUAUGGAGUUUACCAUUCAAUAUGCAUUCCAAGCUUUAUUGAACAUGAUCGAGUUGCUGGAGUAUGGACAUGGCUUUUUGUUCUUUCGAAACUCCCUGAACUUGGUGAUACAGUUUUUAUAGUUCUUAGAAAACAACCGUUAAUCUUCCUUCAUUGGUAUCAUCAUAUAACAGUUUUUCUGUACUCCUGGUUCUCGUAUACUGAAUACACUGCCACUGCCAGGUGGUUUGUAGUUAUGAAUUUCUGUGUACAUUCUAUUAUGUACACGUAUUAUGCGCUUCGUUCUAUGGGAUAUCGCUUACCUAGACGUUUUGCUAUGCUCAUUACUACAUGCCAACUGGCUCAGAUGGUCGUUGGAUGUACUGUGAAUAUUUGGGCAGCUCAGUAUCUGCAGGAACACCAACCAUGCCACGUAUCAACUAUGAAUGUUAAGCUCUCCAUUGCCAUGUAUUUUAGUUAUUUUGUAUUGUUUGCUAGAUUCUUUUAUAAGUCAUAUCUUGAUGCUGAAAACAGUAAAAAAUCGAAAACGCCAAACAAUGUUCCAGGUGGUUACACAAGUAAUCAACAGAUUGGAAAAGUCAAAUAUCAGUAACAAAUUUAAUAAAUUAUUGGUUUAGUAUACAUACAACUGUAGAAGAGGAAAUUUGUAGUUCUUAUUUCUAUAUAUUUUUUUUCUUCUAUAUCAUUUUACAUACGAUAUUGUAUGUUUUUUUUGCUUUAGAAGUCAAGAAAUAAACAGAGAAUUUGUAUAUUUGAGGUUCUAAUUAUAUAAUAUAAUAAGUUUUCUUCAUGUGGAUACUUCAUGAUAUGAUAGUACAUUAAUUAAUAAUGUUGAAAACGUAUGUCUGAUAGUCAGACCUGAAAUGAUUGAGAACUACAUAAGUUGAUCAUGUGAUAAUGUUAACAUAAUUUAACAUGGUUAAAUUAAAGUUACAUUUUAAUUAAUAGUGAUAAUAUAAGUUUUAAAUUAAAGAUUUUUUUAAACAAUUUAUGUAGAUAUACUGUUAUGUACGAUUAUAGAUAUCUCGUUUCUUUUUAAACUUAAAUUGAAUUUCAUGGAGAUAAUUCUUGGAGAAUUAACUCUUGAUUUAUGACAAUUGUCCGAUUAUUAAUUGAUUCUAAAAUACGAACUAUUUAAUACCAAAAUAAUGUCCUUAGUGUAAGAAUGUUUUUAUUUUCUAAAAGAAAGCUAGUGAUUUCUAUCGAUACUAGAGUUUGCUUCGGUCAAUAAGAUUAAUUUUUAGGAUGAAGAUGAAAAUUUUCAUUUCAAUUUUUUAUGAUCAAUGAAUGUGAUAAAUAUAUAAUAACUUAAUUUGCCUUCCAUUUAUGUAUGAUGUGUUUUUAAAUUAAUGAGUUGUAUUAAUUAAAAAUCAUUAACAUUCCUAAAUGCAUUUCAAGUAAAUGCGUUGAUUCCACAUUAAGAAAGGUACCUUAAUGUUUAUUUGGAUUUUAAAAUUGGACUCAAUAGUUCUACGAUCAAUUCCUUUCUUUGAAAAAAAUAUAAAGAAAAGAUUGUAUGAUGCUUUUUUUAAUGAAUCGUGAUCUUGUCAGCGUCUCAUAUUUGCUUUUUAAAAUAAAAUGUAGUUAUUAAUUAAUGUUAAUUAUGUUUUAUGCAUUUAUGUGCCUGAAUUAUGUUUAGUUACUGUGAAUUGUAAUUAUUUAUGUGGAUAUUGAUACACUAAUUGUAAUCUGUAAAAAAAUGUUUAUAUAUUACUGACUGCCAAUGUAAAGUCAUGUGUAAAUAAUAUACAUAAUAUUUAUAUUUGACAGAUGUGAUUCAUACGCCACACAAGUGUAAAAUUUACACGGCUCUUUACUGAGAAUUGUAUCACAGAGAAUACAAUUUAUGCUUAGUUUUAUUGAAAAUAAAAUUAAAAAAAAAAAAUAGUUUUUAUAAUGUGAAUGUAAUUAUUUUUGAAGUUCUUUAAAUGCUUAGAGAUAAGUUGAACUAGUCGUUUAUUUAUUUAAUUUAAUACAUUGUUGAAAAGAAAUUUUUGUUCUGAACAAAAAACAAAAAUAUAAUUUGUUAACUUG